AUGUUUUCAUUACUGGCUUUGGCAAUGCAUAUCUUAACAAAUAUGAAUGCGUUCGAAAAGCAAAUGUCUGAGGAUAUGACAUACUUGCAACCAACAAAUAUGCGUCAGAUUAGGAUACCUGGUGACGUCAUCAUAGGUGGGAUUUUUCCAGUUCACGCAAAAAGUGGAUCACCGGAUCAACCUUGUGGUAUUAUCGCCGAGACACGAGGAGUUCACAGAGUGGAAGCAAUGUUGUAUGCGUUGGAUGUUAUCAAUUCUCAACGUGAAUUUCUGCACGGUUAUAAGCUGGGUGCUCUUAUAUUGGAUUCGUGUUCAAGUCCUGCCUAUGCUCUCAAUCAAAGUCUUGAUUUUGUUCGUGAUUUGAUUGGUUCCGCUGAUUUAUCUGAAUAUCAAUGUCGUGAUGGUAGUUCUCCGAAGAGUCGACAAAUGCCACGUAAAAAUAUUGCUGCGGUUGUUGGUGGCAGUUAUAGUUCCGUUACUGUCCAGAUAGCUAACCUCUUGAGGUUAUUCAAGAUAGUUCAAGUCAGCCCAGCCAGUACUAAUGCAGACCUCAGUGACAAAGCACGUUUUGAAUACUUUGCCAGGACCGUGCCCAGUGAUAAUUAUCAAGCACGUGCAAUGAUUGAUAUUGCAUUGCACUUCAACUGGACCUACGUAUCACUGGUGUAUUCAGCUGAUGAAUAUGGUGAACUUGGUGCUGAAGCUUUUAAGAAAGAAGCACGCAAAAUGAACAUUUGCAUUGCUAUCGAAGAGCGCAUAUCACCCAAAAAAGAGGCGUUUCAAGAAUCUGUUGAUAAUCUCGUUAAAAAACUGCAACCGGAUAAGGCCGUUGGUGCACGUGCUGUUGUGCUGUUUGUUGCCACGGAGUAUGUACCGGAACUGAUGUUACAAACAUUCGAACGCAUGCGUUUCGAGCGAUUACCACGCCGUAAAGAUAUUAUUUGGCUUGCAAGUGAAGGUUGGGAUCGAAACAAUGAAGCAUACACAGCAGGUCCAAGGAAAUCAGUAGCAGAAGGUGCUAUUGUUUUGAUGUUAGCAUCAGAUCGUGUCCCUUCAUUUGAAGAGUAUUUUUUAUCGUUGAAUCCAAGCCAUAACAAAUUUGAACGAAAUAAAUGGUUGAGAGAACUAUGGCGUCAUAAAUUCAAUUGUGAAUUUGAUUUACCUGAACAGAGUACAUUGAAUAAAUGUGAAAACCAUUAUCAGACUAUGGAAAACUUCAAUCCAGAUGAUAAGGUUCAAUUCGUUAUUGAUGCUGUGUAUGCCAUUGCUCAUGGAUUACAGGGCAUGCAAGAGAAAGUAUGUCCUGACGAUACUGCAUCAUCAUCGUGGAUAUCAAGAUAUUCAAGUGUACCACAAAUUUGUGAUGCGAUGAAACACAUUGAUGGCGAAGAAUUUUAUCAAAAAUACUUGUUACAAGUGAAAUUUGAAGAUGCAGUGGGAAAAAAAUUCCGAUUCAGUCCAGAAGGCGAUGGACCAGCACAUUAUACAAUUUUAAAUUAUCAGCCAGAAAUUGGUCAUAGCAGAUCCGAAGAUUCCAGUCGAAGUGACUAUGUCGUUGUUGGACGUUGGUCAGAAGACCAGGAUGAAAUUUGUUGUUGGGCUUGCAGCAAAUGCGAAGAUUAUGAGUUUUUGCCAGAUGAAACAACCUGUGUGGAUUGUGGUGAAGGUUGGUGGCCGACAACUGAUCGAAAAAAUUGCUUCAACUUAGCACAGUCUAGCUUGAAAUAUAUAAGAUGGUCUUCCUGGUAA